GCGGCUAGCUAGUUUCCCUGGCUAGUCGCUGGCCAACCCGAGUUUGUGCUAUAUAUAUAUUUCUGCCUGGACGAUAUUAUUUUAUGCGAAACGGCUAUUAACGUUGUUCAUACACAGUAGAAAAAAGAGAAGAGGGACGAAUAAAGAGAGAAAUCAUUAUGCUCUGCAAUUAUUCAAUCGUCUCCUUGGUUGGUACAUUGGAGUCUACGGCCUGGUUCAUGUCAGUUUUGUGUAGCCCAUUAUGUCAGUAAUACUCUGUUAGUAUUAAGGCUUAAAUAUAUAGUAAUAAAACUAUUCUUCAUAAUUAAAGCAACUAAAUCAGUCAAAAAUUCAUUUCAUUGAAAAAUGAAUGAACAAAUUGAUAAACGAACUUUCGAUUGGAUCGAUUGUACAGUUUUUUUAAUAAUGUUAGGAGUUUCAGCAAUUGUUGGUAUUUAUCAUGCUUACAAAGCUCGAAAAUGCCCUGAUGCAGUAAAGGAGUAUCUUGUCGGUGGACAAACAAUGUCAAUUUUUCCUAUAAGUAUGUCACUUAUAUCUAGUUACAUAUCUGGCAUUUCAAUAUUGGGGCUUCCAGCUGAGAUGUACGUUUAUGGUACUCAAUAUUGGUCUAUUGUGAUUGCUGACGCGUGCGUUCCCCUCACAAUGGCACUCGUCUAUUUACCAGUCUUCUAUCGUCUUCAAAUUACUUCAUCAUAUAAGUACCUGGAGCUAAGAUUCAAUCAGUAUGUCAAACUUCUGGGUUCAGUAAUAUUCAUCAUAAAAAUGCUACUUUACAUACCUCUAGUAGUGUAUGUUCCGGCGCUAGCGUUCAAUCAAGUGACUGGAAUAGAUUUACACAUUGUGACACCACUUGUCUGCGCCGUUUGUAUCUUCUAUACAACCUUGGGUGGAUUGAAGGCAGUCGUUUGGACAGACACUAUUCAAACUGUCGUAAUGUUUGGUGGAAUAAUUAUCGUUCUAGUCCUUGGAACAAGGGAAGUUGGUGGAGUUGGAGAAGUUUGGCAAAGAAAUCUCGACAGUGGAAGAAUUGAGUUCUUUAAUAUGGAUCCAAACCCAGCAAUACGACAUACUUUUUGGAGUGUUGUUUUCGGUAGCUACUUACAUUGGCUCGCCACCUGUUCUGUAAACCAAGCGAUGGUACAGCGUUGUCUUGCAAUGCCAAACUUAAAAAAGUCGAACAUUACCAGUAUGAUAAUGACUAUUGGAAUAAUCUGUAUCGUUUCAUUAAGCUGCUUCACUGGUCUAGUUAUUUAUGCGACAUUUUAUAAAUGUGAUCCUUUAUCAACAAGACAAAUUCGUAAGUCUGACCAAUUACUUCCUUUUUUUGUUAUGGAAAUGACACAAUCAAUACCAGGAUUACCGGGUCUGUUUGUUUCUGGAGUUUUUAGUGCAGCUUUAAGCACUAUGUCUACGAGCUUAAACUCAAUGUCCGGUGUUAUCUACGAGGAUAUGAUUAAACCUUUAUUAAAGAGGCCAUUAUCACCUGUGACUGCGAGUCGAAUCAUAAAGUUUACGGUUGUUUUAAUUGGCGUUAUAUGUGUGGCUUUAGUGUUUGUAGUAGAAAAGCUGACAGGCCUAAUUCAGGCAGCCAAAAGUCUGUCAGGCAUAACAGCUGGUCCUCUUCUCGGUAUUUUUACGUUAGGAAUGUUUUUCCCCCAUGCAAAUGCGACGGGAGCAUUGGUUGGGGCUAUGGUCAGCUUACAUCUAGUCGCUUGGAUCUCUUUUGGUACACAAGCUGCUGUUUCUAACGGAAUUAUCAGCUUUCCUGUCAAGCCCGUAUCUAUUGAAGGGUGUUCUGAAUCUCUACAACGAACUGCUACUGAUUUCACUUCUCUAAUUAAGAAUACUACAAAUGAGCAACCUUUCUUCAUCUAUCAAAUGUCUUAUUUGUGGUAUACAUGGGUUGGAUUUUUGACUGCAAUUUUUAUUGGGCUCUUCGUUUCAUGGCUUACUGGACCUAAUAGAUACAAAUACGAAGAUAGAAAAUUGUAUACACCAGUUAUACAUCGUCUUUUGCCCCGAAAAUAAAAAAAGAGGUUGAGUAAAAUGAUGUUAUGUACAAAAGAAUAUUAUUGGGCACAAAAACUAUACUGUAUAUUUAUUUUUUCUUUAAAUGUUAUAUUGAGAAAAUUUUGUAUCUAAUACAUGUUGGCAAAUAGCGGAAAGAUCAUUUUGUGAUCAAUUUUGCUAUGCUUUUAAAUUUACUAUUUUCAAAUAUUCUAAUAUUAGACACUAAUUGUUCGAUGGAAAAUUGUCGUAAGAAAUGUACGAGUGAUGAAUGCUUAUUGAUAAAUACGGAUUAAUGAUCAUAUUGUAUUAAUCUAUACAGAUAAAAUUAGAGUGCCUGUCUGUAAUUUUGAGAAAACUGGCUUAAACUAACCUCAGAAAAUUAUUCGACAUGAAAAGGAUGUCAGGAGUAACAUAGGCUACUUUUUGUUUAUGACAAUUGAAUUUGUUGAAAGUAAUUGAAACCAGGAUCUUUGCAAUAAAUUCGAGUUUUUUCCACCAAA